AUGGUGUGCCUGCGACUGCCACAGGUGCAGCUGAGUACUUAUGGAGACAGCCUGGGCAAGAACCUCACAGAACUCCGAGAAUUCAUUGACAACAACUUGCAGGGUGUGAUUGGGGGCGUGCAUCUGCUGCCAAUCUACCCGUCCUCCGGAGACGGGGGCUUUGCGCCGUUGUGUUAUGACGACGUGGACCCACACUUUGGCAAGUGGGAGGAUGUGGAGGCGAUUGCCAAGGAGUAUGACCUCAUGCUGGAGCUUAUGAUAAAUCAUAUCUCCCCCAAAUCAGCCCAGUUCCAGGACUUCCUCGAGAAGGGGGAUGCCUCAGAGCACGCCAGCAUGUUUAUCGACUGGCAGAAGUUCUGGGGCUCGCCAGACCGACCAAACGAGGAAGACUUAAAACAGAUCAGGACGCGUAAGGCAGACAUGCCUAUGCUGCCAGUGACACUGAAGGACGGGUCCAAGCGGGAGCUCUGGUGCACCUUUGGCCCUGAGCAGAUUGACAUUGACAUUGACUCCCCCUCAGGGCGCAAAUUUGUGGAGGACUCACUCAGAUCCUUGUGUUCGCGCGGCGCUCGCAUGGUCCGAUUGGAUGCCUAUGGAUAUGCCACCAAGAAGCCAGGGACGAGGUGUUUCUUCGAGGAGCCAGAGGCCUGGCAGAUCUUGAAGGACCUCGAAAAGAUCUCGGACGAGUAUGACAGCAGGCUGCUGUGCGAGGUGCACGAGGAGUACUCGACCAACAUAGCGCUGGCGCUGCACGGCUACUGGGUGUAUGAUUUCAGCCUGCCGCUGCUCAUCCUGCACGCGUUCACCUUCAAGACCAUGGACAACCUGCGCCACUGGCUCGGCAUCUGCCCUCGCCGCCAGAUCACCGUCCUCGACACUCACGACGGCAUGGGCAUCGAUGACAUCGCCGGCCUUGCCGAGGUGUGCGACGUGGAGCAGCUGCAGGAGGUUGUGGAGCACCGGCUGGGCUGCAACCCCAACAUGAAGUACCUCUACAGCGGCCGCCAGCGCGGAUACGUGGGCAAUCCGCACCAGUACAAUUGCACAUAUUUCUCCGCGCUGCAUGGCAACGCUCGCCACUACCUCAUGGCGCGCGCGAUCCAGUUCUUCACCCCCGGCCUCCCCAUGGUCUACUACGUCGGCCUGCUAGCCGGCAGGAACGACCAUGAGUCGGCGGACCGGGACAACAAUCCGCGCGGCAUAAACCGGCACAAGUUCUCGCUGGAGGAGGCUGAUGAGGCCGCGCAGCAGCCGGUGGUGCAGGCGCUCUUUGACCUCUGCCGCUUCCGCAACCAGCACCCCGCCUUCAACGGCAAGGCAAGGCCCCUGCACUGCUAUGUGACGAUCAGCCAGGACACAGACAGCCACUGCCUGGAGGUGACAUGGAAGAACGGCAAGCAUUCAGCCACCCUGCAUGCGGAUGUGGUGGACAUGUCAUUCGAGAUCAUUGCCACUCUGGAGGGGGAGAAGACUGGCGAGCUGCACACCUUCAAGUACACACUCGAUGACACUGACACCUAUGAGCCCACCAUGGACGAGUGCGUGGCGCCAGCAGUCUUUUAA